AUGAAGUUGAUCAAACAAUCCUUCGAUAAGAAUUCAAGUGGGUUCACCACUUUGAUGCCUCAAGAUAAAGAAGAUCUUUGGCAAUUGUACAACCUAAUCCAAAAAAAUGAUGAAAUCAAAUUACAAACCACCAGAAACGUAGCAAAGAAUGCUACUAAGGGUGCUUCAAAGCAAGAGAGAAAAAAUGUUGUAUUAACUAUUAACGUUGAAGACAUUGAUUAUGCUCCUGAGGAUGAAGUUAUGAGAAUAAGAGGUAAAACCACCGUUGCCAAUGAGUUUGUUCCUAUUCAAAGUUACCACACAGCUGAAAUCCAACUCAAUAAAUCGAUUACUGUCAUCAAGACAGAAUGGGAUGAAAUUAAUUACGAUAUAGUGGUAAAGAGUUGUUCCAUUGAAUCCAAAGCAGAAAUAGGAGCUAUAGUUUUUGAAGAAGGAGUGGCUCAUUUGUGUCUUGUUACUGAUAACUUGACAGUGUUAAGAAAUAAGAUCGAGAAAUCCAUACCUAAGAAGAGAAGAGGUGACAAUUCAUCUCAUGAUAAGGGAUUAGUCAAAUUCUAUGAUUUGAUAAUAUCAACUAUGAUGAGAAACUUCAAUUUGGAUAAUUUGAAAGUCAUUAUUUUAGCAUCUCCAGGGUUUUUAUCAUCCAACUUAUUAUCAGAGAUCAAAGGUUUUGCUCAAAAGAACGAUGAUAAAACCAUCUUUAAGAACAUUUCCAAAUUUGUCACUGCAAAUUGUUCAACUGGUUAUUUACAAGGGUUAGAAGAGGUAUUGAAAGAUGAAAAUAUAAGGAAGAAUUUGGCCGACACUCAGUUUGCUCAAGAAGUGAUAAUUUUCGAGAAAUUCCAAAAGCUCUUGAAUGAUGACGACGAAACUGCUUGGUAUGGACCUAAAGAAUGUGAAAGGGCCAUUCAAGAAGGUGCUGUUAAACAAUUAUUGAUCACUGAUACGUUGUUCAGAAAUAAUGAUAUAGAGUUACGUAAACAUUUCAUUCUGUUGGUUGAACAGGUCAAACAACAAGGUGGUGAAGUAUAUAUAUUCUCCAGUUUACAUGAUUCAGGAAACCAAUUAGACCAACUUACCGGGAUAGCUGUUAUCUUGAAGUAUUCUAUGGAUUUAUAUAGUGAUGAUGAAGAGUAG